AUGACAAAGGAACAUUCAAUUCGGAACAUUUUUAAGAAGGACAAGACACCAGAUAAUGGAUCAGCAACAGCAACACCAUCGUCUUCACACACUGGUUUGUCAAAACUUUUCCAUAAGGAAAGCAAACCCAUCACCCCACCAAUGAAAAGAACGCCGUCGGUCUCAUCGUUGAAGCGCCGCAACACCAACCCAUCCCAAACAUCUGGCAUUAGUCUCAAUCAUAAUCAUCACCAUCAUCAGGAUUCUCAAAACCAUAAUGAUGCCACCACUAGUGGUGGCAAUAUCCAUUCUUCAACACCUGUCAAUAGAAGUAGAAGCAACUCUGAUAGGCUGGGCCACGUUCCACCAACAGGAAGAAAAGUGCUCUCAAAAGCAGAAACAUUUACCCAUUUACAACAAUUGGACACUAGAAAUGCAGCCAAAAAUCAAUUGAGAAACCACCGAAUUCCAUCAAAUCAUUUGAGCUCACCGCUUAGUGCAGCCCCACAUUCAGAUAAAAUUGUAUAUAAUCCAUAUGGAUUAAAUAAAACUGCAACCCAAGAACGUCCUAAAAAUACCAGUUUCUAUUUAUCUGGGGUUAAUGAUGGAGAAAGAGUGUUAUCGAACCCAGUAGCCAGUCCUAAUGACUACUUACCAGCGGAGUUGCAACAACAACAUGUCAAUUUGUUAGAGGAUUUUGAAAUUGACGUUGGCACCAAGAAAUUGGGUGAUGGUGGAUCUUCUGAUGUUCGUAUCAUAAACUCAUGUCAUCAUAAAAAAGAUUUGUAUGCAUUGAAAAAAUUCACUUUGUUGUCAAAAGAGACAGAUGAGGAUUUCUAUAAAAGAGUACUGGAGGAGUAUAAGAUUCAUAGAAAAGCUGCCAUCUCAAGACACGUGGUUGAUGCUUUUGCCAUUUUGAGAAUUCAGUCACAAUCUAAUUUAACCAGAGGUUGGGGUAUGGUAAUGGAGUUUUGUGGUGGUGGUGACUUGUUUUCAGUUAUUGUUAAACCCGGUUGGAAGUCUACUCCCCUUGCAGAAAAAUAUUGUCUUUUCAAACAAAUAGCUUAUGGUGUUAAAUUUCUUCAUGACCACGAUAUAGUGCAUCGUGAUUUGAAACCAGAGAAUGUUUUACUUGACGCUAACGGGUUGGCCAAAUUAUGUGAUUUUGGUGUCAGUGAAUUUGGUCACGAAGUACCGGAGGAUUUCUCAAGUCCUGUUAAAUUAUCGACAGCAUAUGUUGGUUCUCCCCCUUAUGCACCACCAGAAGUCAUGUUAUUGAAAGAAAAAUCAAGUACAGAAAUAAAAGCUUUUGCCUACGACCCAUUCAAAAUGGAUUGUUGGGGGUUGGGUAUGUUGUUGUUCUGUUUGGUUUAUGGUGGUGUGCCAUUUCAACAAUCAAGUCCCAAUGACCACGCCUUCCGCGAUUACAAGUUUAGUCACAAGAGAUUUUGCACCGAUCAUCAUACUUUUAAAUCUAAUCAAGGGUAUCCUAGAGGUCCUGGUAGUGAAUUCAAAUUGGCUGCUAAAUUUGAAAAUAAUGGUGCUUCCAGAGUUGCUUGGAAAUUAUGUGACCCUUCAGAAAACACCCGUUAUACAAUGGAUAUGUUGUUUGACGACCCUUGGUUCCAAUCAGUGGAAAUGUGUAUUUAUGAGAGCCCAGAUCAAGAAGUGAAUCCAUUUGUGUUGCCUGGGACUGGUGAAAAUAUUGAUACACACUCAGUCUCAGGGUAUUCAUCAGUCAACAAUUCACAAGCGCCAUCUAGAAGAGGUACAUUCACAUCUCGUCCUGUUGGAAGUGGUGCUGGGAGCGGAUACAAUAGUCAUGAUGAAAGUAGCAAUGGUCUCAGCUCAAGCUUCAGAAGCAUGCUAGAUUUGAAGGAUAUUCCACAGAAAAUAACAAAAACUGAUGAGCCAUUACCAAGUAAUUCAUCUGUGCAUUCCAAUGACAGUUCAUCAGCAAGAGCAAAAUCAAAACUCGACCACCCAUCUUCGCCAGGAUCUCUAUUAUCACCUAGCACUCCAGCAUUACAAUCAAUCCCAGCUGAUCGUGUGGCGCAAACUACAUCUCCAAUUAAUGCAAGUCUACCAGCCGUGGAAGAAAGUGACAUUGAGCACGAAUCAGAAUCAGAAAUCCAAGGCGAUGAAACAGAGAGUCUGGGUCUACAGGUUUUACCACCCAUAGACGAUGUUGUUGCAGCGUCUCCUUCCUCAUUGACUCAUGAACCACAAGAGCAAGUCCUAGAUUCUGUUGAAUCUUGUAUUAGCUUACCACCAAAUAGAGAUCAAGCAUUUGCUGGUAAAGAUGGGGAGAUGUGUUCUUUAGUUGACUUGAAACCAGCAGCUUUGAAAAGUGCUACAGAUUUGCAAUUGGGUGCUGAUGGUAUGUGCAAUUUGGGAUAUAAAAUCAAAAAGCAUCACCAUACUGAAGUAAGUAACGUUUCUAACUCAAGCCGCAGGUAA